AUGUUGAAAACUGGCAAAGAAGCUCUAGGAUCUAUGGGGAAUGAUGCUCCACUGGCUUGUUUAUCUGAACAAAAUCCCCAUGUAUUUGACUAUUUUCAGCAGUUAUUUGCUCAGGUCACGAAUCCUCCUAUCGAUCCGUUUCGUGAACGCAUUGUAAUGACAUUGAUGUGUCCUAUCGGACCACAGAAAAAUAUUUUGAUUCCAUCCAGAGCACAAACUCAUCGUUUAUGGCUUGCGAAUCCGAUUUUAUCAUUGAAGGAUAUGGCUUUAUUACGUUCACUAGGAGGCAAUCCUCCAUCACAACCUGAGGAUGUGAAAAUAACAAGUACUGUUCUUUCAUGGCGUAGUGUUAUUUUGGAUGCUACAUUAUCUGUACAUGAAGGUUCUGAAAAAGUUUCAUUGGGAUCAAAACUGUUCCACUUUCUACAAGAUCUCUGUGAUAAGGCCGAGAACGCAGUUUUACAUGAUAGUGUGGAUUUGUUAAUAAUUUCUGACAGGGCAAGUAGUCGAGAUCGGCUUCCUGUUCCAAUACUGUUAGCUGUCGGGGCGGUACAUCAACGUCUAGUUCGUCGUGAGCUUCGUAUGAGGGUUGGUAUAAUUGCAGAAACGGGUGAAUCAAAAGAAGUUCAUCAUUUCUGUACACUUAUUGGUUUUGGUGCAGAUGCAAUAUGUCCUUACUUGAUUUUUGAAUCUGUCUCACGUUUAAACUAUGAAGGUCUUCUAACAUCAGCUGCAGUUGUGAAUGAAGAAGAAUUAUAUUCAAGUUUCAUAACAUCUGUUGAACGCGGUAUACUUAAAGUUAUGGCUAAAAUGGGAAUCUCAACAUUGCAUAGCUACAAGAGUGCUCAGAUCUUUGAAGCUGUUGGUUUAGCACAAUCUGUGAUUGAUAUGUGUUUCUGUGGCGCCGUAAGUCGUGUGGGCGGAGCAGAUUUCGAAAUAUUAGCAAGAGAAGUUACCGCACGUCACCAACUAGCCUAUCCAGAAUGUCAAACACUUUGCACUAAAGUACUUGAAAAUCUUGGUCAGUUUGGGAAUAAUCCUGGAUUUUAUCACUGGAGAUUUGGUGGAGAAAAUCAUAUGAACAGCCCAGAGGCAAUAGCGAAACUUCAGGCUGCAUCUCGUAAUAAUAGCCGUGAGGCUUACAAAAUGUUUGUCCAAGUCGCCGAUGAAUGUUCGCGUCACUGCACUCUACGUGGACAGCUAGAUUUUAAUUAUUCGGAAAAGCCUUUACCGUUGGAAUUAGUGGAAUCGGCUGCGGAAAUAGUAAAACGUUUCUCUACAGGUGCAAUGAGUUUGGGAAGUAUUUCUUCAGAAGCUCAUACUGCUUUAGCUAGGGCUAUGAAUAAACUUGGUGGACGUUCGAACACUGGUGAAGGAGGUGAGCUACCAGAGCGUUAUAAGAAUCCUGAAAUAUGUUCUGCUAUAAAACAGGUUGCUUCAGGACGUUUCGGUGUGAAUAGUUCAUACCUAGCCCAUGCUGAAAUGCUGCAAAUAAAGAUGGCUCAAGGUGCUAAACCUGGUGAAGGUGGUGAAUUACCAGGUUAUAAAGUUACCGAGGAAAUCGCUAAUACACGUUAUUCAGUGCCUGGUGUGGGUUUGAUCAGUCCACCACCACAUCAUGACAUUUAUUCAAUAGAAGAUUUAGCUCAGCUCAUUUAUGACUUGAAAGCAGCCAAUCCAUUUGCUGUGGUUAGUGUUAAACUGGUAUCUGAAAUUGGAGUCGGUAUCGUUGCUGCUGGUGUGGCAAAGGCUCGCGCAGCACAUAUAACAAUUUCUGGUCAUGAUGGUGGUACUGGUGCUAGUAGUUGGACAGGAAUCAAACAUGCUGGACUUCCAUGGGAAUUGGGUAUUGCAGAGACUCAUCAAUCCCUAACCAGUCAACAGGCGCGUUCACGAGUGAAACUACAGGUUGAUGGACAAAUACGCACAGGACGAGAUGUGGUCAUAGCAUGCAUUCUGGGAGCUGAUGAAUUCGCAAUGUCAACUGCACCACUUAUUGUAUUAGGUUGUACAAUGAUGCGUAAAUGUCAUUUGAAUACUUGUCCAGUGGGAAUAGCCACACAAGACCCAGUUCUACGAAAGAAAUUCGCUGGUAGCCCAGAACAUGUCAUCAACUACCUAUUUCUUUUGGCUGAAGAGGUUAGACAAUACUUAAGUCGUUUAGGUGUAUCUUCAUUGAAAGAAAUUGUUGGACGUACAGAAUAUCUAAAGCAUAGAAAGCCUUGUUUAACUGCAAAAUCACAGCUGCUUGACCUGAGUCGUUUAAUGAUUAAAACGGAACCAGAUGAAGUGCAUUAUGGUUCAUUAAGACAAAGUGAUUCAGUGAAAGAUUUCCGUGAAAAUCCGACAACAUUGUCAUUUGCCGAUCUCUUGCCAGCUGAUCGUCGUUUAGAUAUAAUAAUAUUACGCGCUGCUCAUAAAUUAAUAGAUACUCCAGAAAACGUGGAACUCAGUCCUUCUGAAUCAGUAGUAUAUGUGACCGAAUCAAUUAGUAAUUCGGAUCGCACAGUUGGCACUACACUAAGUUAUGCCAUUUCAACCAGUUUUGCUGAAAAAGGAUUGCCACGUAAUAGACGGAUUAUGGUAAAUGUUAGUGGCAGUGCAGGUCAGAGUUUAGGAGCUUUCCUUGCUCAUGGCGUUCAUAUUCGCCUGGAAGGCGAUGGAAAUGAUUAUGUCGGGAAAGGUUUAUCAGGUGGAAAGAUUACAAUCGUUCCACCCAAAGAGUUAUUAGAAGAAGGAUUUAAAUCAGAAGAUAAUUUAAUUGUCGGUAAUGUUUGCUUAUAUGGUGCCAUAGAGGGAUGUCUCUUUUUAAGGGGACAAGCAGCUGAACGAUUCUGCGUACGCAAUUCCGGAGCUACUGUUGUUGUUGAGGGUGUUGGUGAUCAUGGUUGUGAAUAUAUGACUGGAGGCCGUGCUGUUAUACUUGGACGUACUGGACGUAAUUUUGCUGCUGGUAUGUCAGGUGGUCUAGCCUUUGUUUAUGACCCACUUGGGUUGAACGGAGAUUUUGUAAAAAAGUGCAAUAUGGAAUUAAUCGAUUUGGAGUUGAUGAAUUCACAGAAUACAUACAGUGGUUGGCUUAAAGAAAUACUGGUUGAAUUUGUAAAAGAAACCGAUUCACAAGUCGGAGCAAAUAUUUUGGCAGACUGGAAUAAAUCCAUCAAUUAUUUUGUACUUGUAUUUCCACGUGAUUAUAGAAAUGCAUUGGCCAAACUUAAAACUUCCACAACUGUUACUGAUCCCAAGGUGCAAAAAACUAGUCCUAUUGUUGAUAGUAACAAAGUCAGUGGUCAUGGAAAACAAACUAAAGAUAUUGAAGAUGUAAUUGGUGAUGAGCCAGCAGAGAAACUGGAUAAAGUGCGCGGCUUCGUCAAAUAUGCCAGACAGAAGCAAAAUUAUCGUCCAGUUGAAGAACGUCUGAAAGACUGGGAAGAAGUCUACGCUCUAAAACAAAUACGCGAAAGUUUGGUCAAGCAGGCUGCUCGCUGUAUGGAUUGUGGCGUCCCAUUUUGUCAAUCAUAUGUUGGGUGUCCUCUUGGAAAUCUUAUUCCAAACUGGAACGAUUUAGUAUUUAAGGGUGAUUGGCACGCUGCUCAUAUUGCUUUAGCACAAACCAAUAAUUUCCCUGAGUUCACAGGUCGUGUAUGCCCAGCACCUUGUGAAGGUGCUUGUGUACUUGGUAUAAACUCUGAUCCAGUGACUAUAAAGCAUAUCGAAGGUACCAUUGCAGACAAAGCCUGGGAAAAUGGCUGGUUACAUCCUAUUCCUGAUGAGAAUCGUAUGCCAACUGGUAAACGUAUUGCAAUUAUUGGUAGUGGUCCGUCCGGCUUAGCUUGUGCAGAUCAACUAAAUAAGGUUGGACACGAUGUACUAGUAAUCGAACGAAGAAACUUACCUGGUGGUUUACUACGAUAUGGAAUUCCAACUAUGAAACUUUCCCGUGAAGUUCUAGAUCGCCGAUUAAAUCUAAUGAAAGCCAAUGGCGUUAAGUUCGAGCUAAAUACACGGGUCGGUAAUGAUGGCCAACCUUCAGAACCCAGAGAUUUAAAUUCCGUUUGUCGCGAUCCAGCAGAUAGUGAAAACAUUUGGUCAGCUAGAAAACUACUGGAUGAAUUUGAUGCAAUAGUUUUAUGUUUGGGUGCCACUUGGCCUCGGGAUUUGAAUAUUCCAGGUCGUCAACUUCAAGGUAUUCAUUUUGCUAUGAGUUUCCUUGAACGCUGGCAACGUUAUCAACACAAGAAUAAGAUAAAGCAUACAUAUUUUGAUCUUCAAAACGAUAAUAAUUUUGAUUGUGAUUCUGUGGCUGCAUUAGCCAAAGGUAAACGUGUAGUUAUACUCGGUGGGGGUGACACAGGUGUUGAUUGUAUUGCUACAUCUGUACGCCAAGGAGCUGAAAAUAUUCGUGUGUUUGAGAUUCUCCCACCACCACCAAUUAAUCGUGAUAUUAAUGAAAAUCCAUGGCCUGAAUGGCCUCGCAUAUGGAGAGUAGAUUAUGGGCACUCAGAAGUUGCUGUUCGUAUAAACGGGGACCCAAGACAAUUUAAUACAAUAACUAAAGAGUUUCUAGACAACGGGAAAGGAUCAGUAGGCGGGAUACGUACUACUAAAGUUGCAUGGACCAAAUCAAGUACCGGGAAGUGGUUAAUGAAUGAAGUACCAAAUUCUGAAGAAACAUUCGAAUGUGAUUUGGUCUUACUAGCUAUGGGCUUUAUGGGACCUGAAACUACAUUAAUCAAGGAAUUCGAACUAGAUUUAACUAGUCAGUCAGUAAUUCAAGUUCUACCCGAUAAACCAUACACCACACGCAUUCCUAAGGUUUAUGCUGCUGGAGAUUGUCGACGUGGGCAAUCUCUCGUGGUACAUGCAAUUAACGAGGGUAGGCUUGCAGCACGUCAAGUGGAUCUUGAUUUAAUGGGUAAAACACAACUUCCAGGCCCUGGUGGAAUAAUAAAAACUGCGAAUUUAAGAUAA